UCAUAGCUGCCUGUCCUCCUCUCAGGCUGUCAUAGAAAAGUACAAGUCAAGACCCGGGCCUAAGCUGAGAGCAGCACUGGAGACGGACAUCUAUGAGGGAGUCCUUCUGAAACCGACAAAGCCUGACCAGCAUGACAAGUCCAAGAAUGAUCUCAUAGAUGCCAUGUGCCAGUGCAUCACUUCUAGGUUUGCCGAUGUAAACAGUGGUGUCCUGAAGGCAAUGCGACUGAUAAAUUUCCAGUGCUGGCCAGAGACAGACACAAGUGCAGAUUUUGGUGAUGAUGAUGUAGACCAGGUUAUUAGUCACUUCCGACCUCUUCUACUGACAGCUGGAGUGGAUAUUGACUUGAUUCCAGAUCAAUGGACCAUUCUGAAAACACAACUUUACACUGCAGGUUUCAGCCAAGGGACCAUUGAGAAGACAUGGCCUGCAGUAAACAGAAUGCUGCACCAUGAGUGUCCUGAUGUCCUACACCUGUUUGAUGCCCUGCUCACCAUUCCGACAAGUACAGCGGACUGUGAGAGGGGGUUUAGUGUCAUGAAGCAGGUUAAGAGUGACUGGCGCUCAAGCCUGAAAGGGGAGACACUAGCUGACCUUUUGAAAACACAGUUGUGCUCACCGGACAUCAAAGACUUCGACCCACGCAAAGAAAAGCCAUAG